GGCUAUCAUCUGGGAAACACCGAAUAAUUAUAUGACUUAGGGCGACUUUGUUGUAACCAUCCAACACGGACUCUUGGUGACGAAUAUUAAGAUUAUAUGACGGACUAAGAUGAUGAUUUCGCUAAUUGCCAAGAUCAAAGACCCUGCUCCAGUACAAGGACUUGAUGCUACCCGCCCGGAGGAGAACAAGACAGAAGUUAUUGUGAAUGUUAUUUCCCCUCGUUUUCUGUGCAGUUAAGUGACAUCUCAGCGAAGUGGCAACCACCUCCCUGAACCACACGGAGGAUUAACAGAGGCAGUAUAAACAGGAAAGUGAUGAAAGCAGGCAGAACACCUCAAUACUGGACCAGGCUGUUGAGAACAUGAAUCGUGAAGACAUUAGGGAAGCAAUCUUGACAUAUCUACCUGACCUGUCUGCUCAAACUCUUACAUCCCUGCUGAAGGUGUUGGAAGAGCUUGGUGUUGAGAAUAGAGCAGACCUUGUUUUUCUUCAAGAGAAUGAUCUGGAGAGAUGCCUUCGACCGAUCCAGUUCCGUAAGCUGCUGAGUGGCCUUAAGAAUGAAGCAUUUCCAGUAGUUGAAAUGGAAUAUGCUGCUGUCCCCUCUUCACCUCUCAGUUCUCCUGAUCCCCCAUCCUCGAGUUCGGCAAGAAGUUCAAGCCCCUCUUUGCCUUCAUCUCCACUGGCUGGCAGGCCAUGGUAUAUACACUUUCGGGUCAGAUGGAACAUGAUGCCAGCAGCAAUUCAAAGAGCAUUGUCAAAGCAAGCAAGACCAUCACCAGGCGACAGAAAAGACAUGGUGAGGGCAGUAGUUGACCAGAUGUUUGAGCAUGAUCUCAACCCAACAAGAGCAAUAUGUCACAGCGUCGCCCGGAGCAUUGUACGGGAAUACCCUAAAUGUUUUGCUGAUGUCGGGAAGAGAGGUGAUAUUGUUGGAGAUGGCAGUCACUCUCUUCUCCAACAAAUUAAAGCAAGAGUGGAAUACAAAAACAGAAAAAAUACCAUUGCGCGGCAUCGCCAAGAAAAACAGUCACGCACUGCAGUGGUAGAGGGGGGCAGACUAAUGGCAAGAGGCCCUGUGGAUCAGUAUGGCUGUGUGAGGUGGAGUCCUACAGAACUCCCAUCUGGAGAAACUAUGGAGAGCUUGAAUGAAAUCAAAAACCAACUGUCCAACAUCUACUCGAAGAAAGGAAUUGUCAGGGAAGAGACAGCAGAAGCUCUGAUGGAGAAGACGUAUGUUAUCCAACGCCAGUACCUUAACAGUGUCCCUGCACCAGCGAUUGUGGAGAUUCAGAAGGAGUGGCCUUUUCUUUUUUCGCGGAAAGGCCUUUACAACCACUUCGGCCUACUGACAGAUGUCUCCAUCCUUGUUAAAAUACGAGAGGCCAUGAACAACAAAGGCAGUACCAUCAUUCGGUUCUGCCAGGAACUCAGCCGUCAUCCCAAAAUUAAAGAAAUUCUAGCUGAUUAUGAGCCAGAGAUAUCAAAUAAGACUGUGUGUGUCCUUCUACUUCUGAUGGCAUACUUCAAAGAGCCCAAAACCUCCAUCAUGCUUGAGACUGAUCCAUGUGCCACUGCUGCUGAUGUACAAAGGACAGAGGAGCUGCCAAGCACCCCCUGCUUGAUUGUACAAGGUGAGCUGAUGAAGCCCAGGGCGUGGAUGUUGUCAAUUGAGGAACGAGUGGUGAUGGGACCACACAGCAACAUCUUGAACGGGUUGGCUGCGCUUUUUGCCAGUUUCUAUAAUCUGAAUCUUCAGUACCCUGAAGACAGUUCCUGCACUUUGGAGUUUAUUCAGAGAUGCUUCCUGGGUAUCAAUCCAGAAUCUGGAUCCAAAACGAAGAGGAAGCGUGGAGGCAUCAACGCACAUGUAAGCACUCUAAUGCGCAAACUGGUAGAUUUUGAGUGGCAGGCAAUGUAGAUUGUAGUGGUUGUACUGUUGUACCCUUAACAAUGUACUGUUGUACAUCUUUGUUGGAUAUUUUAUACUUUUAUAUGUUGUUUUUUU